AUGUCCACCACAGAAUCAGUGUUUCCAGACCAAAGUGACUUUGAUUAUGUUCAUGAUAAACCCCAGUUCAUCCGUUUGUGGUUUAAGUGCCAUUUGGUUUUGUCUCUUGUAGAUUAUGAGACAUUGCGGACCACAGGGGUUGUCCUUGCUAUUAUUAUGUUUGUCUCUGGCAUUGUAAUAGCCCUGAGUAAAAAAUUCACAAAAUGUGUAAAAUCCUCAUCCAAUUCCAGCUCAUCUGGUACCCAAAUUCCAAAGACAGAAGUACCUCCUCAAACCGUAUAGAAAAUAUUAUAUGUGCUUGAAAGAGAGAGAGGGACGGUCAUCACAGGAACCACAACAGCGAAUUCACACAUG